CAGGACACCGAAGCAAUGCUCUAUGCUUUAGACUUAGUCAAUAAUGACCAAGACAUUUUGCCAAAUAUCAAACUAGGAACAGUGAUAUUUGAUGGGUGUAGAAGCCCAGAAAGGACAGUUAGACUUAGUAAAGCAAUUAUAAACAAAGAAUUUGAUGAUAUUGUUUCAAUGAACCACGAGUCAAAACUAUCGGGUGUGAUUGGUGCCCCGACAUCAGACGCUUCUUUACAGUUAGCUGAGUUACUCUCAGUCCAUAAGGUAACACAGAUAUCGCCUUCUUCUUCAAGUUCAAGGCUGGAUGACAUUAUUAAAUAUCCGCAUUUUCUGAGGACUGUUGGUUCAGAUAAAUCCCAGGCUAAAGCACUUGUUGAUAUCAUAAAGAACUUUGGAUGGUCUUACGUCCAUGCUGUGUUCUCAGAUAAUGCUUAUGGAGUCUCGGGCAUGCGAGAGUUUAUAAGGAUCGCCACAAAUGAAGGCAUAUGUGUCGCAACGCAGAUCAAGAUGGAGGAAUACUUCGCAAAGAACGAAACCGUUAUGAGUAACAUUCUUCAUUUUUAUUUCCCCGGGAAUUUUAACAAAUCACGAGUAGUUGUUAUGUUCACCACAGAUACAAUGACUCGUGCCAUAUUAGAAACUAAACAGAUCACGAGUAUUGGAAACGAUUUGGUGUGGCUUGCAGCAGACUAUUGGGGCACACAGAAACAUAUUGUCGACGGUGUAAAAGAAAUAGCUUCGGGAGCAAUCACGUUGGACUUCAACCUCCCAGAAUACCCAGCAUUAAUGGACCAUUUUCGGACACUUCGACCUGAGACAAACCUCAGAAACCCAUGGUUCAAAGAAUAUUGGCAACAUAUAUUUCGCUGCUAUAUUUCUGAUGACUCAGCAAAACAAUAUAGCAACCCAUGCUCAAUUAGUUUUACCUUAGAAAACAAGGUCAUACCAUUGUCAACAAAGGCUGUUUACGUCGUCGACUCUGUAAUGGCAUACGCUAGAGGCUUGGACAAUUUAAUUAAAACAUAUUGUGAAUUUGAAAACUUCUGCCCAGA